CAACAUAAGCGGGCUUCCAUGGCAACGUCCCUAGGGAAAGAUAAAGAUGGCGACUUGAUCCAAGAGAAGCUAGUGCAGCUCGUACUAAAAGAAAAUUGUCGUUUACGGCUACAGAUAAGCCACGGCGUAAUAUAAAAAAACUAGCUACUAAGUAUUUAUGUAUUGCUUAUAGUGUAUAUAGCUCAAAUCAUGGAUGAUACGAGAAUUGAGUGGAUACGAGACAGAGUAUACUGCGGGGUCGGAAUCACGGAUCCUGAAGUUUUUGAAGACUUGUUGAAUCGUGAUGAAGGAAAACACGAGAAUGAGAUUCUUUCGUUUCUGAACGAAGACCCCAAGGACGGAUAUGGAUUACUUUUCUAUUCGAUUUUAAGAGAAGAACAAGAGGAGAUUGAAGUUGAAGCCGAGCCUGAACUUCCUGAAAUGACAGACAACGAUGAGGAAGAUGCCGACAAAAACUCUGCAGAAAGGUCAGGAGAUGUAGAAGGGGAAGACCUUGCCUUAGAGAGGGUGCCCACUGCUGAUGGGGGUGCCAGUCAGGCAGAGGGCUCUAAGGCGGGUGAGGCGGCAAGUGCUACAGGCAGUUAUGCAAAUGCCGAAGGAGGGGAGGAGAAUGCAGAGGUACCUGCUGAGGGAGCUGAGAGGAGUGAAGAAGUACCGGAAGGAGAGGUGUCUCCCAAACCGCCAGCCACAAAAAUCAUUAUACAGAAGGUGAUGCGCACAGUACUGUAUGUCAUCCACGACAAAAUACUCACUGGAUACAACGACAGCAACGGGUUCUACUUUGUGAGAACCCAAGCCUCAGGCCCAGUCCCUCUCCCAUCAUCCAUACACGAAGCGGAUGACAUGUUGCCACUGUGCUUUGAGUUUGGCUCCCUGAACUCACAAACUCUACUAAUGCUGGAACAUCUGCUCACACUAGUGUACAUGCCACUACUCUCCCACAACGCCUCACACAGAACUGAGGGAAUCAGUGAAGGGAGGGGUACUACCAAUAGGCGUGGCAGCGAAGGGACAGACAUGCAAGAUGCCACCUCACAGGCUACUGAGGAAUCUCGCAGUAAGGUUAUUCUGCGUGAUGAGUUCCUUAUGAACAUACAGAAGUUUUCCUCCAAUAUAAACAGAACUAUUCAUCAGUUAGAGGGAGAUAUCAGACUCGAAAUGCCUGAUCUAGUCCUUGGUGAUGACAUUACAGAGCUUUCUAAGGAUCCUGAGAUUGUGAAUACGUUAGAAGAAACCCUCCAUAACUGGGAGGUGACAAUCUCAUCAGCAUUAGAGAUGCAACUCAAGAAGACACCCCAGGGGAGUGGUCCACUGGCAGAGAUCGACUUCUGGAGGGAGAGGAAUGCAACCCUUAGCGCAAUCGCCGAACAACUCAAGCUCCCGACAGUCAAGAAGAUAGUGGCAGUUCUAACUAAAGUUAACUCUGAAAACUUGGCCAACUUUGAGUACCACAGGGCUGAACUCAACAAGUAUUACACGGAGGCCAAGGACAACGUACGCUUCUUGUCUACCCUCGAGAGGCAUUUUAAGAAUUUGGCGCACGGUGCGAGUUUUAACAUAGUGCUAGAGACCAUUCCAUCCAUGAUGAACGCCUUGCGCAUGGUGUGGAUAAUCUCUCGACAUUACAACAGAGAUGAGCGGAUGGUUCCACUAAUGGAGCGGAUUGCGUGGGAGCUGAGCGAGCGAGUGGCAAAGACAGUCAAUAUACGGACUAUCUUAAAGGAGCCCCCGUAUGUCGUGAAGCAGAAAACAUCAGAAGCGAGGGACACCCUGCGGACUUGGAAAGAAUCGUACUUUGAUGUACGUGCCAAGAUCGAGUCAUCAGGCCGCGAUGCACGCUGGGAGUUUGACCGUAAGCGACUGUUUGAGCGAACUGACUACAUGGCGUCCAUUUGCGAGGAUCUGCAGGAAGUCGCGCAAGUCAUGGAGGAGUUCUAUAAUAUCUUUGGACCGGAGCUAAAGGCUGUGACUGGGGACCCCAAACGGAUCGAGGAUGUACUUAAGAGGGUCCAUGAAUUGGUCAAGCCAAUUGAAAAUGUAGCGUUUGACCCGUUCAGCCUGAGGCACCUAGCCAGCUGGCGUAAUGUCAUGGAUUGGUUUCAUCGUGAGGUAAACGCUAUUGAGAACGAGGCCAAGCAUUUUAUCGACAAUUCGUUCAAGUCGCUGCGUUCUGCAGAAGGCGCCUUCGACAUGUUGCUCAACUUCAGACACAUACGUUCAAGAGAAGCGAUCAACUCACAGAUGAUGAAGAAAUUCAACGAUAUUCUUGUCCAAUUCGGCAAGGAGGUGGACGCCAUGUACUCUUUAUUCAAGUCCAAUGCAGACAAACCACCAAUCUUCAAGAACCAGCCACCUGUUGCAGGAGCCAUUAGCUGGGAGCGAUCCCUGUUUUACCGCAUCAAGCGCACAAUCCUUCGCUUCCAAGAGAUGGAAGACAUGCUCAACAAUGAGCAUGGAAAGCAGGCGAGUAAGAAAUACCUGAGCGUGGCACGCCUGAUGAAGGAGUACGAAGACAAGAAGUACGAGGCUUGGAGAGAGCAGGUGGAGGCUAACCUUCUGAUCUACCUGAAGAAAAACCUGUUGACCAAACCUUCAACCAGCUCCGCUACCACACAUCGCAGCGUAGCGGAAGAACAGACGGGCACCGAGGAUAGCUCCGAUCAUACUGCGGCAUUUCACCCUAACGUCCAGUACGUGGUGGACUUUGCACCUGAGCUGGCAGAGAUUAUCACGGAGACCAAGUACCUGGAGCAGCUCGGGUUCCAGGUACCAGAGCUGGCCAGAAACGUUGCGUUACAGGAAGAAAAAUACCUGAAGUACGUUGAUGGCCUGAAACUGAUGCUUGAGCGAUACCACACGGUUACUGGCAGCCUGGAUGUUGCUGAGACGCAAUUACUGGAUGACAACAUCAAGGAGCUGAAGAGAGUUCUCAAGCCGGGCUCUAAGAGGCUCAACUGGAACUCGCUUGGUAUCAGCGAUUAUGUCACGCGAUGCGGACAGGCUAUAGGCAAGUUCGAAUCACUAGUGAACCAGAUCCAAAAGAACGCCAAGGAUAUUUACAGCCGCCUAGAGAUGAUCGAGAUCACGGAACUCUUUAAGACUCCUCCGCCAAAAACCAAUGGCAUUAUGCCGGAUGCAAAAGAGUAUUUUGAUUUUCUGGAAAAAGGUCGUUCCCAGGAACUGGAAGUGCUUGCCAGAAAGUACCGCGCUAUCGGGCCUCUGCUGACCAAGAUGGAAGGCCUGGUCGCUCAUACCAACACAGGCCGGGCUCCAAAGCUUCAGCCUUACUAUGCAUUCUGGGAGAACGCCGUGUAUGAGGCUCUAACGAAGAUGGUGACUCGGAACCUCCAGGUGUUCAACACCAAACUCCAGUCCAAGCUGCCCCUGUUCCAGAUCGAGACGGCGCUCUCCGCGCCAGAGAUCGUACUGUCACCGCCUGCAAACGAGAUCUACAAGCUAGUCAUGCAGUCCGUGCGUGACAUGGUGGAGGGCACCAAACUAUUUGUGCGUUGGAUGAACGGCACGUGUAUUGAGACGCCGCCGCAGCACGCCGAGGGAGAGGACGAGCCUGUUGUGUUCAGCUUCUUCACUGACAUCUCCGCCAGCCCUGCCAUCAUCGAGCUUGUCACCACGGUCAGCAAAAGCGUACAGAACACUUUAGGAACACUGAACAAGUACCUGAACCGGUGGAAGAGGUACCGACUUCUCUGGAAGCUUGAUAAGAGUAACAUGGUGAUGAAGUUCGCGGCGAAAAACCCAACCUGCAUCGCGUACGACGAAAAGUUACAGUUCUACUCUAAUCUGGUGCUCGAGGUGGGCACCCAACCCAUGUCACGUGAUGUGGAGUUUGUGCGACUCAACCUCGACCCGUUGGCAACCACCAUACAGGCGAACGCGCGGGCCUGGGUCAAGGAACUGGGCAAGAUGCUGAACGAGUCUGCUAAAGACAACUUGAUGACGCUCAAGGGCGAGAUUGAGACCCUGUGUACAGAUUUGAAGCGCGCCCCGGACACCCUGGAAGACCUCAAGUUCGUGCUACGAGUCAUCGCCGACAUACGGGACAUGUCCUUGGACGUGGAACUACGCACCGCUGACAUCAAGGAGCGAUACCGCACCCUCAAGAUGUACGAGAUAGAGGUGUCGGAUAACGAGACGGAGCUCGUGAAUGGUAUUGACCAGCUUUGGGAUGACUUGUUCGUCGAGUCACGUCGUGUUGACUACAGUCUGGUAUCUGUCAAGAUGAAGUUCACAGAGAUCACGCAAGAUCAGGUGUCUAACUUCACGAGUGACAUCUCCAAAUUUAAAGAAAGUUUUAUCAACGAGGGCCCGAGCUCCAUUGGCACAGAUUUGGAUGCUGGUGUUGAGCUUCUAAAGAAGUUCCAGGAAGAGUACAACACGUUUGAGAAAGAGCGCCAGGAGCUGACGAAUGCUGAGCGGCUGUUUGGCCUAUCAAUCACCAUGUACCCUGAGCUACAGCAGAUGGAGAAAGAGCUGAAAGGCCUCGAACAAGUUUUCGGCAUCUACGAAAAGCAAAAGGAAGCGCGUGAUGAGUGGGCGAACACACUGUGGGCUAACCUGGACGUCUCCGUGCUAUCUGAUGGUAUCGACGGCUACAUUAAGCAGCUCAAGAGGCUCCCUCGUGAAGUCAAAGCUCUGCCUCUGUGUCAUGUACUCGAGGAGAAAAUGAAAGAGUUUAAGAACUCAAUCCCGCUUUUCUCGGAUCUCAAGAACGAGGCGCUCAGAGAACGUCACUGGAAAAAGCUGAUGGACAUGACUGGUAUGAAGUUCGACCUCAAUCCCGAAACGUUCACGCUACAGAACAUGUUCGCCAUGGAGCUGCACAACUUCAGCGAUGUGAUCGCGGACAUCACCGCUAGCGCCACGAAGGAACUCGGCAUCGAGAAGGGGAUUGCGGAGGUGUCGGACACCUGGAACGCCAUGAAAUUUACUGUCGCCAAGUACAUGAAGGGUACCCAGGAGCGAGGUUUCGUCUUAGGCACCGUGGACGAGAUCCUACAGAUUCUUGACGACAACGCGAUGAACUUGCAGAGCAUGUCUGCUUCCAGGUUCGUCGGUCCUUUCCUCGAGACAGUCAACAAAUGGGAGAAGAGUCUGUCGCACAUCGGCGAGGUGGUGGAGGUGUGGAUGGUUGUGCAGCGGAAAUGGAUGUACCUGGAGAGUAUCUUUAUUGGGGGCGAUAUCCGCGCUCAGCUGCCGGAAGAGGCGCGCAAGUUCGAUGAUAUCGACAAGACUUUUAAAAAGAUAAUGGCGGAUACUGCCAAGAACCCCAAGGUCCUGGAAGCAUGCCAUGCUGCUAACCGACUCGACCAGUUACAGUUUAUCGUCAACGGGCUGGAAAAGUGCCAGAAGAGCUUAAAUGACUACCUGGACUCCAAAAGGAACGCAUUCCCGCGUUUUUUCUUCAUCUCCGAUGACGAAUUGCUUUCUAUCCUCGGUAGCCACGACCCUACAUGCGUACAGGAACACAUGAUUAAGAUGUUUGACAACAUCGCGAGUUUGCGCUUUCAAGAAGGCAGCAACAAGGAGACUCUGGCGACUGCCAUGAUCAGCAGUGAGGGCGAGUCCAUGGACUUCAGGCAAGCAGUGCCCGCGGAGGGGAGGGUGGAGGACUGGAUGACCAGCGUGCUGAAGGAAAUGAGACGAACCAAUAGGCUGAUCACUAAAGAGGCCAUUUACAACUACUGCAACCAGAUCACACGCAUUGAGUGGAUGAUGCAGUACCAGGGUAUGGUCGCACUGGCCGGUAACCAGGUUUGGUGGACCUGGGAAGUCGAGGACGUGUUCAGAAAGGUCAAGAAAGGAGACAAGAUGGGCAUGAAGAACUACGCCAGGAAGUGCCACAGACAAAUUGACGACCUAGUUGUCAAGGUGCGUUCAAACCUGAGUAAGAAUGACCGCAAGAAGUUCAACACGGUGUUGAUCAUCGAAGUUCAUGCUAGGGAUAUCAUCGAUAGCUUUGUCAGAGACAGCAUCAUGGACUCUCGCGAGUUCGAGUGGGAGAGCCAGUUGCGAUUCUACUGGGACCAGGCGCCAGACGAACUCAUGAUCCGUCAGUGCACGGGGGAGUUCGGCUAUGGCUAUGAAUACAUGGGUCUAAAUGGACGACUGGUUAUCACCCCCCUGACAGACAGAAUUUACCUUACCAUCACACAGGCGUUGUCCAUGUACCUGGGAGGAGCCCCUGCCGGUCCCGCGGGUACGGGUAAGACUGAGACCACCAAGGAUCUCGCUAAAGCGCUGGGCUUGCUGUGUGUAGUCACCAACUGUGGCGAAGGCAUGGACUUUAAGUCCAUCGGUAAGAUCUUCUCCGGUCUGGCUCAGUGUGGCGCGUGGGGAUGCUUUGACGAGUUCAAUCGGAUCGACGUGUCCGUACUCUCCGUCGUCUCUACUCAGAUUAAGACUUUGCAGAAUUCCCUCAGCAGCGGACUGAAACGUCUUCAGUUCGAGGGGACUGAGAUCGCUCUGGAUGCUCGCAUGGGUAUAUUUAUCACUAUGAACCCAGGCUACGCUGGCCGCACUGAGCUCCCUGAGAGCGUGAAGGCGCUGUUCCGACCAGUAGUGUGCAUCGUCCCGGACUUACAGCAGAUCUGCGAGAUUAUGCUCUUCUCCGAGGGAUUUCUCUACGCAAAGGUCUUGGCGAAGAAGAUGACCGUCCUCUACAAACUAGCAUCUGGCCAGUUGUCGAAGCAGUCGCAUUAUGACUUCGGUCUGCGCGCUCUCAAAGCUGUUCUUGUAAUGGCAGGAGAGUUGAAGCGAGGCUCACCGGAACUCAGCGAGGAUGUUGUACUGAUGCGUGCGUUGCGUGACAUGAACCUGCCCAAGUUUGUGUUUGAAGACGUGCCCUUGUUCCUGGGACUGAUUGCUGAUCUGUUUCCCGGACUUGACUGCCCGAGAGUCCGUUAUCCCAACUUCAAUGACGCUGUGGAGUCUUCUCUUACGGACAAUAAGUACAUCCUUCUCCCACACCAGGCGGACAAGGUGGUUCAGAUGUACGAGACCAUGUUAACCCGUCACACAACUAUGAUCGUUGGUCCGACUGGCGGAGGCAAGACUGUCGUCAUCAAUACGCUCGCCAUGGCACAGACAAGGCUGGGAAUGCACACCAAGCUCUAUGUGAUGAAUGCCAAGGCGUGUACCGUGAUUGAGUUGUACGGAACCUUAGACCCCGUGACCCGUGAUUGGACUGAUGGACUGCUCUCUAACAUAUUCCGUGAGAUCAAUAAACCGACGGAUAAGAACGAGCGCAAGUACAUCGUGUUUGACGGCGACGUAGACGCACUAUGGGUGGAGAACAUGAACUCGGUCAUGGACGAUAACAAGCUACUAACACUCGCUAACGGCGAGAGGAUACGUCUACAGAAGCACUGCGCACUGCUGUUUGAGGUUGCCGACUUGCGUUACGCGUCGCCCGCCACCGUGUCACGCUGUGGCAUGGUUUACGUUGAUCCUAAAAACCUUGGCUACCGGCCCUACUGGCAGAAGUGGUGUAAUGCCCGAAGCAAUGCCAAGGAACGAGAAGAACUUGACAGGUUAUUCGAAAAGUAUGUGCCAGCGUCUGUGGACUUGAUCCUUGAAGGCAUCCUUGACGGGAAACAGGGCAAGAAACUCAAGACCAUCAUCCCUCUAACCAAUCUCAAUAUGGUGGAGCAGCUCUCGCACAUGUUGGACGCGCUGUUGCCGCCCGCUGAGAGCAGUAACUUCCUUGGUCCGGAUGUAACCGAAGCUAUCUUCAUAUCUUCUCUCAUCUGGUCCACGGGGGCGGGCCUGCUGGAGGAUGGCAGGAUCGUGUAUGAUCAGCUCAUCAAGCGACUCGCGGGAAUCCCGGCUAAUCCUGCAGAAGGGACGGUUGUGGGACCAGGUGAACUUCCCAGUGCGCAGCCCACACUGUACGAGUAUUAUUUCGACAGCAAGAAGCUCCUGUGGGUGCCCUGGUUAGACGUAGUCCCCGAAUACGUACAUAACCCGGACCUCAAGUACAACGAGAUACUCGUACCAACUGUAGACACAGUACGGACAACAUGGCUGCUACAACUUAUGGUCAACAUACACAGGCCAGUGUUGUUGGUUGGUGAGACCGGAACGUCCAAAACGGCAACAACUGCGAACUACCUUCGCGGAAUGGACCAGGAUACCACGUUACUGCUGAACAUCAACUUUUCGUCGCGUACGACCUCAAUCAACGUACAACACAACCUCGAGGCAAAUGUGGAGAAGCGCACGAAGGACACAUACGGUCCCCCCAUGGGCAAGAGGCUGCUUGUGUUUAUGGACGAUAUGAACAUGCCACAGGUUGACGAGUACGGUACUCAGCAGCCCAUCGCGCUUCUCAAGCUUUUGUUAGAGAAAGGCGGAAUGUACGACCGCGGUAAGGAGCUCAUCUGGAAAAACGUCCGGGACAUCGGCUUCGUCGCCGCCAUGGGAAAGCCCGGUGGUGGCCGUAACGAGGUCGAUCCUCGCUUCAUCUCACUAUUCAGCGUGUUCAACGUGACGUUCCCGUCCGAGGAGUCCCUGAGGCGUAUUUACUCGUCUAUUCUAACCGGUCACCUUCAGCCCUUCCCUAAGAACAUCCAGGAUCUGGUGGAGCACAUCACUACUUCCACCCUGGAGCUGUACACCAACAUCAUCCGCGACCUUCCACCCACACCCUCCAAGUUCCACUACAUCUUCAACCUGCGGGACCUGUCCCGAGUCUACCAGGGUCUGUGCCUGACCACGCCCGACAGGUUCGACUCGCCCGCCAAGUUCGUGCGCGUCUGGAGGAACGAAUGUAUGAGAGUGUUCUGUGAUCGUCUCACUAACGAGGCCGACAGGGAGACUGUGUCGGGCUAUAUCAGCAGUCUCGUGGAUCAGAACUUCAGUGAGCACACGGAUCUAGCCAUGCGUGACCCGUGCUUGUUCGGUGAUUACCGUAACACGUUGACUGAGGACCCAAGACUGUACGAGGACGUGGUAGACUAUGACGCGACUAAAGCCAUCUUCGAAGAGAUCCUUGAGGAGUACAAUAUGGAUCAUGCCCCAAUGAACCUGGUGCUUUUUGACGACGCCCUUGAACACUUGACUCGUAUCCACCGCGUAAUCCGCAUGGACCAGGGACACGCCCUCUUAGUAGGUGUUGGUGGCAGCGGCAAGCAGAGCUUGACUAAGUUAGCGGCGUUCUCGGCGGGCUGCGGCGUGUUCGAGAUCACCCUGACCCGCGGCUAUGACGAGAACAGCUUCCGGGAGGACCUGAAGGAAUUGUACAAUAGCUUGGGUCUAGAGAACAAGAAAAUGGUGUUUCUUUUCACUGAUGCGCACGUCGCACAGGAAGGCUUUCUGGAGCUGAUCAACAAUAUGUUGACGUCCGGCAUGGUACCUGCCCUCUACCCGGACGACGAAAAAGAAGGCAUUAUUGGACAGGUUCGUGACGAAGCCAACAAAGCUGGCGUGCCUCCCGCAAGAGAGUCCAUAUGGCAGUAUUUCGUGAACAAAUGUGCUAAUAAUCUACACAUCGUGUUGGCCAUGUCCCCUGUCGGUGACAUUCUACGCACGCGUUGCCGUAACUUCCCCGGCCUUGUCAACAACUGCAGCAUUGAUUGGUUCACUGCAUGGCCCGAGCAGGCCUUACACGCUGUCGCAUCCGUCUUCCUUGGAGAGAAUAAUGACAAGAUUCCUGACCAGUACCGUGAGACUGUGGUGGACCAUGUGGUGUUCGUCCAUCAGACUGUCGGUACAUACAGUCAUUCUUUCCUUCAGAAGCUGCGUCGUGUUAACUACACCACUCCCAAGAACUACCUGGAUUUCAUUAGUACGUACAACAGGCUGCUGGAGAUCAAAGACAAAUACGUCCUUGAGCAGUGCCACCGUCUGGAAGGAGGUCUCGGUAAGCUCCUAGCGGCAAGUGAACAACUUGCUGAGCUGAACGAGAAGCUGGCCGUCCAGAAGAUCGCUGUGACGGAGAAAAGCGAGGCCUGCGAGAAGCUUCUGGUGGAGAUCCAGCGGGCGACGCAGCAGGCAAACGAAAAGAAAGAGAUGGCUAUCGGCAAGAAGAAAGAGAUCGCUGAACAGAACAAGGUGAUCGUCGUGGAGAAGACGGAGGCCGAAGAAGCGUUGGCUGCUGCAUUGCCUGCCCUGGAAGAGGCUAAACUGGCUCUACAGGACCUCGAUAAGUCCGAUGUCACUGAAAUCAGGUCUUUUGCCAAGCCUCCACGUGCCGUGCAGAUGGUUUCCGAGUGUAUCGUCGCGUUGCGUGGCUAUAAAGAAAUCAGCUGGAAGUCUGCCAAAGCCAUGAUGUCCGAGGGUAAUUUCCUCAAGAGUUUGACUGAGAUGGACGUGGAUGGUAUUACUACCGGGCAGGUGAAGAAAUGCCGUGACAUGCUGAAGGAGAUGAACACCACAGUUGAGGAGAUGAAGGAAGUCAGUAAGGCUGGCGCCGGACUCUUCAAGUUUGUCAUCGCCGUCAUGGGCUAUUGCUCCGUUGCCAGGGAAAUUAAGCCCAAGAGAGAAAAGGUAGCGCGCCUAGAGCGUAACUUCCACUUGAGCAAACGUGAGUUGGAGAAGAUCGAGAAAGAGCUUAAGGCUCUAGAGGAGGAGCUAGAGAGACUCGGCAAACAGUACGACGACGCGAUGCGUGAAAAGUCCAGUCUGCAGGAAGAAGCCGAAAUCAUGGAGAGACGACUCAUCGCCGCCGAUAAACUCAUCUCCGGACUUGGAUCAGAGAAAAUCAGGUGGACCAAAGAUCUACAAGAUUUAAAAGAUCAGCGUGUUCGUCUCCUUGGCGACUGUCUCCUAGGCGCAGCCUUCCUCAGUUACCUUGGUGCAUUCACGUGGGAUUUCCGUCGUGACAUGCUGCGUAAGCAGUGGGAAAACGAUGUGAUCCAGCGCGAAAUACCCCUCAGUAAGCCCUUCAAGGUCGACGUGCUGCUAACGAACGAUGUUGAGGUCAGUAAGUGGACAUCUGAAGGGCUGCCUCCUGAUGACCUGUCCAUCGAGAACGGGAUCUUGACCACGCAGGCUAGUCGCUACCCACUCUGCAUCGAUCCGCAGCAGCAAGCGCUCAACUGGAUCAAGAAAAAGGAAGAAAAGAAUAACCUAAAGGUGGUCACGUUCAACGAUCAUGACUUUCUCAAGCAGCUCGAGUUGGCCAUUAAGUACGGAUUCCCGAUUCUGUUCAAAGACGUGGAUGAGUAUAUCGACCCGGUCAUUGACAAUGUACUCGACAAAAACAUCAAGGGUGAGCCCGGUCGAGAGUUCGUUGUUUUGGGUGACAAAGAGGUGGACUAUGACCCAAGCUUCCGCCUGUAUCUGAACACUAAACUUUCCAACCCCAAGUACACCCCAGCACACUUCAGCCGCUGCAUGGUGGUGAACUACACCGUCACCAUGAAGGGUCUGGAAGAUCAGCUACUCAGCGUGAUCGUGGGCGUCGAACGAAAGGAGCUAGAGGAGCAGCGAGAGAGGCUUAUUCAGGAGACAAGCGAGAACAAACGACUUCUUAAGGAUCUAGAGGACACACUGCUACGUGAACUGGCCACGUCCCAGGGUAACAUGUUGGACAACGUUGAGCUCGUACAGACCUUAGAGGACACGAAGACUAAGGCCGUAGAGGUCAGCGAGAAGCUAAAGUUAGGAGCUAAGACUGCUAUCGACAUCGAUAAGCUGCGUGACGGCUAUCGUCCGGCAGCCAAGCUUGGGGCGGUGCUAUUCUUUGUCCUGUCCGAGAUGUCGGUGGUGAACUCCAUGUACCAGUACUCGUUGAACUCCUACUUGGAGGUGUUUGACCUUUCCCUGCGCAAGAGUCUUCCUGACACAAUCCUUUCCAAGCGGCUCAAGAACAUUAUGGACACCUUGACUAUGAAUGUGUAUAACUACGCUUGCACGGGUCUUUUUGAGAGGCACAAGCUGUUGUUCUCGUUCCAAAUGACAAUCAAGAUCAUGGAGGCGGACGGUAAGCUGAAACAGGAGGAGCUGGACUUCUUCCUCAAGGGGAAUAUCGCACUGGAGAAGAGCUCCCGGCAGAAGCCGUACUCGUGGAUGCCUGACCAGGGCUGGGAGGAUGUGAUAAGACUAUGCCAGGUUACACCUGAAGUGUUCGGCUCCCUUGCGGAUGAUAUUGAACGCAAUGAGAAGGGAUGGAGAGAGUGGAGUGAUCUUGACGCUCCGGAAUCCCAUCCGUUCCCCGGCAAGUACGAGGAGUCGCUGUCAGACUUCCAGCGCCUUUUGUUGCUCCGCUGUUUCCGUGUCGAUCGCGUUUACCUGGCAAUAACACACUUUGUGACUGGACGCAUGGGGGAGAAGUACGUCACCCCACCUGUACUUAGCUUCGAGUCCAUCCUCGAGCAGUCCACGCCCUUCUCGCCUAUUAUCUUCAUCCUGAGCCCUGGGUCAGAUCCAGCCAGCGAUCUCAUGAAGCUUGCAGAGAGAUCUGGGUUCGGUGGAAAUAAGCUCAAGUUUUUGGCUAUGGGACAAGGGCAGGAAAAGCUUGCUUUGCAGCUUCUUGAGACCGCGAUCUCGCGUGGCCAGUGGUUGAUGUUACAGAACUGUCAUCUACUUGUCAAAUGGCUUCGCACACUGGAAAAAGUCCUGGAGCGAAUAAGCAAGCCCCACCCAGACUUCAGGCUAUGGCUAACCACCGACCCAACCCCGGAAUUUCCAAUUGGCAUCCUACAGCGGUCACUUAAGGUCGUGACUGAACCUCCAAAUGGUCUUAAGCUCAAUCUCCGCAGUACCUACCACAAGAUCUCCAACCAGAUGCUAGCAGACUGUCCGCAUCAGUCCUUCUCUCCGCUCGUGUUUGUUCUCGGCUUCUUCCACGCCGUAGUACAGGAGCGUCGAAAAUACGGCAAGAUCGGAUGGAACAUCGCGUACGACUUCAAUGAGUCUGAUUUCCGUGUGUGCAUGACACUGCUGAACACUUAUUUGACCAAGUCACUGCAGAACACGGAUGUUAAGAUCCCCUGGGCGAGCCUCAAGUACUUGAUAGGCGAGGUGAUGUACGGUGGUCGUGUUAUCGAUGACUUUGAUCGCCGGGUGGUCAAGACCUAUAUGGACGAGUACAUGGGAGACUUCAUCUUCGACACAUUUCAGCCUUUCCACUUUUACAACAACGAGGAGGUUGAUUACUGUAUUCCCAAGAAUGGUGAGAACAAAUACGACCCUGGGAGGGACGUAUACGUGGAUUAUAUCGAGGAAUUACCGCUCGCUAAUACUCCAGACGUGUUCGGACUGCACCCUAAUGCAGAGAUUGGGUACUACACCAAUGCCGCUAAGGACAUGUGGCUUCAUCUGGUGGAGCUUCAGCCGCAGACGGCCGGUGACUCAGGAGGUAUCUCUCGCGAGGAGUUCAUCACCAAGAUCGCUAGUGAUAUCCAGGGCAAGCUGCCACCGCUUUUUGAUGUGGACAGAGUUCGAAAGAACUUGAGUGAGAUCACACCCACCGCCGUGGUACUUCUACAGGAGCUGGACAGGUUUAACUUGCUCAUAAGGCGCAUGUCUACAUCCCUCAUCAAUUUACAGAGGGCUCUUGCUGGCGAGGUCGGCAUGAGUAGCGAGCUGGACGAGGUUUCGAGGUCUCUCUUUAAUGGUAUGAUCCCAAACAUCUGGCGCAAACUCGCACCCGCCACACUCAAGUCCCUUGGCAACUGGAUGGAGCAUUUCCAAAAACGACUUGACCAGUACAACAAAUGGGUAAAUGAUGGUGAGCCCGCAGUCAUCUGGCUCUCAGGCCUGCACAUCCCCGAGUCCUACCUGACAGCCCUAGUCCAAGCCACGUGCCGUAAGCAUGGGUGGCCGCUCGACCGCUCAACCCUUUACACCACCGUCACGAAGUACCAUAACGCAGACGAGGUGACAGAGCGUGCACACUCCGGUUGCUUCGUCAGUGGGCUGUACCUCGAGGGGGCCUCGUGGGAUUUGGCGGAGUCGUGUCUCCGGAGACCCAAGCCAAAGGUCCUGGUAGAAGAACUUCCAGUACUCAAGGUCAUCCCUAUAGAGUCGCAUCGGCUUAAGCUACAGAACACGUUCCGAACUCCAGUGUACACCACGUCUCAGCGCAGGAAUGCUAUGGGCGUUGGUCUGGUGUUUGAAGCUGAUCUAGCGACCACAGAACACACUUCACACUGGGUCCUACAGGGAGUCUGCCUAACCCUCAACUCAGACUAGAUGCACACUUCCCUACAAACGACUUUACUAAAUUACAUUCGUAUCUAGUGACCACAGAACAUAUUAGCACUUGGUCCUACAGGAAGUCUGUCUAACCCUCAACUUCAAUUAACUACCGCUACCUUACAUUGCCUUGCUAGAUUCACCAAUUAUGAACUCGUCAUAGCAGUCGAGGUUUUACCUUUUUUUAGAAUAUACAUUUGAUUACUUUUUUUUUACUAUUACAGAAUAGAUAAUCAUGUUUUAUGUACUUGAUGACGUGUUUAUCGAAUUAGCGGUUUGACUAAAAAAAUAUUUAAUAUACCAGUCCACUCCAAUAAGCACUUCAUGAGCCUUUUAAUUUGAUCCUAUGAAGAAUUAGAAUAGAGUGAGGUUUAAAUUAUUUUGUAUAAAAAAAGUGUGAAUGAAAAACAAAAAAAUAAAUGGGAUUUAUUUCCCAAGUAUAGUUGUAAAUAUGAAUUUGAAAUAAAAAGUUAUUAUGUUGGAA